CCGGUAAAAUUUGGUCUGUUAUGAUGGAUGUUUCCGAUGUAUCAUUAGACAGUGUUGGUGCUGAUUUGCCACCUUUAGAGCAGGAAGACAAGGGGGUGGUUGGUCCAUUGGAUGCUGGGUCUGAUCCAGGUGGUGAUAGGGAGGAUGUCAUACAGGAUGACUCUUGUCAACUGUUUGGUAGGAAUUCCCCUGCAUUUCUGAAGGAGCGGGGUAACGUUGCAUUCAAGGAGGGUGACAUUUUUAGGGCACGCGAGUUGUACACAAGUGCCAUUGUGCGACUCGAAUAUGCUGACAAUAUCAGUCUUAAAUCGCAAUUAUUCGCCAAUCGUGCGGCUUGCAACUUGGCAUUUGAGGACUAUGAUGCAGCACUGGAGGAUUCAUACGGUUGCUUGUUAUCAUUGUUUUUCUAAAAAUAUUCCUUUCCCCGUGUUUUAUACCAUGUGUUGU